UCACGAAGCUGAAGACCACACUCUUAUGGUGCACCCCAUCUAACCCUUUAACCAACAUUUUAACCCACACGAUUUUCAAAAGCCGCUAGUUCAAUAGGCACGUUCAACACCCAAUAGCACUCUCUCAGCCACCAAGUUUUGGUUAGGAGCUUCAAUGGCGAAACCAGUUUCGAUUGAAGUGUGGAACCCAAAUGGGAAAUACAGAGUUAUCAGCACAAAACCCAUGCCCGGAACUCGCUGGAUCAAUCUCUUAGUUGAACAAGGCUGUCGAGUUGAAAUAUGCACUGAGAAGAAAACAAUUCUGUCUGUUGAAGAUAUCAUUGCGCUUAUAGGCGAUAAGUGUGAUGGAGUUAUUGGCCAGUUGACUGAAGAUUGGGGAGACACUUUAUUUUCGGCACUUAGCAGAGCAGGUGGGAAAGCUUUUAGCAACAUGGCUGUUGGCUAUAACAAUGUUGAUGUCAAUGCUGCUAACAAGUAUGGCGUUGCCGUUGGAAACACUCCUGGAGUGCUUACAGAAACUACGGCUGAACUGGCGGCUUCCCUUUCUUUAGCGGCCGCGAGGAGAAUAGUGGAGGCAGAUGAGUUUAUGAGAGGAGGCUUAUACGAUGGAUGGCUUCCCAAUCUGUUUGUGGGAAACUUGCUUAAAGGACAGACUGUUGGUGUUAUUGGUGCCGGUCGUAUUGGAUCUGCAUAUGCCAGAAUGAUGGUUGAAGGUUUCAAGAUGAACCUAAUUUAUUAUGAUCUAUACCAAGCCACACGGCUAGAGAAGUUUGUUACAGCUUAUGGUGAGUUCCUAAAAGCCAAUGGUGAAAAGCCUGUGACCUGGAAGAGAGCAUCUAGCAUGGAUGAGGUUCUCCGAGAAGCGGAUGUGAUAAGUCUUCAUCCUAUUCUGGACAAAACCACUUAUCAUCUGGUCAACAAAGAAAGACUUGCAAUGAUGAAGAAGGAAGCGAUCCUUGUAAACUGCAGUAGAGGACCUGUCGUCGACGAAGUGGCUCUCGUGGAGCAUUUGAAAGCUAAUCCGAUGUUCCGAGUUGGCCUCGAUGUCUUUGAGGAUGAACCUUACAUGAAACCCGGGCUUGCAGACCAGAAGAAUGCUAUUGUGGUACCUCACAUUGCUUCUGCUUCCAAGUGGACUCGUGAAGGAAUGGCCACACUGGCUGCCCUGAAUGUUCUGGGAAAGAUUAAAGGAUAUCCGGUCUGGUCCAACCCGAACCAGGUGGAGCCAUUCCUCAAUGAGAAUGCUCCCCCUCCGGCUGCCUGUCCUAGCAUUGUCAAUGCCAAAGUCUUAAGUUUACCAGUCUCAAAGCUGUGAGCAUGGGAAGUGAAUAUUGAUGAGAUUUGGGCCUUUCUAAUGCAAAACGAGAGUAAUUUUUCCGGAUGAUGGAAUGUAGGCUCUAGUGAUGAUAAGCACAAUUCUAAAGAGCAUUAACAACCAUUCUGUUUUGCCAAAUAUAAAGUGUUGUUAUUUGUUACAAGAACAGAUAUAUUAUUAUUGUAUAUGUUGUUAUGUACUGAUAAUACUAGCUUUUUAAUUCUGCCAAAUAUAAAGUGUUGUUGUAAACGUUUUUGCAUAAUGAAUCUGUUCUGUGCACAAACAUAUUUUGUU